CAAGGAGGCCCUCUGGGCACUACUGUAAAAAGGAGACUCCUGCAAAGGAUGAAGCUUCAUGUUAUACAUCUGCUGGGUCUGUCCCUCCUUUUGGCUCACGCUUAUUGUACAGUGGCCAAGAGAAGUGGAGGGCUUGGUGGGAAAAUAAGUCUCUUUAAGAAGACCCCCAAAACAAAUAGUCCAGAAAAAAAGUCCAAGGGUGAAACUAUAAAACAACCUAAACAACAGUUUAACCAAGGAGGCCACCCUCAGCAACCAGCGCAGCCAGGAGGUUACCCUAAUCAAGGAAGCUACCCUCAGCAACCAGCGCAGCCAGGAGGUUACCCUAAUCAAGGAAGCUACCCUCAGCAACCAGCGCAGCCAGGAGGUUACCCUAAUCAAGGAAGCUACCCUCAGCAACCAGCGCAGCCAGGAGGUUACCCUAAUCAAGGAAGCUACCCUCAGCAACCAGCGCAGCCAGGAGGUUACCCUAAUCAAGGAGGCCACCCUAAUCAAGGAGGUUACCCUAACCAAGGAGGCUACCCUAAUCAAGGAGGUUACCCUAACCAGGGAGGCUACCCUAAUCAAGGAGGUUACCCUAAUCAAGGAGGUUACCCUAAUCAAGGAAGUUACCAUAAUCAUGGAGGCUACCCUCGUCAACCAAGCGGAUACCCUAAUCAAGGAGGUUACCCUAAUCAAGGAGUUCGACCAGGAGGUAACCCAGCACAGGGCUCCCCAUACGGUGGAGGUUAUGGAGGAUAUGGUGGAAAUGGAGGUUAUCCCGGUGGAUAUAUGAACUACAACCCGAACAACAGAGUCCUGAGCCCUCACUACGGAGGUAGCUUUGGAUAUGGGGGUCAGGGUGCUGGUGGUGGCUCUCCCUUUUCCCACUCAGUCCAGUCGAUGGGCAUGCGUCCCUCCGACCGAUCCAGAGGGUUUGGACGCAGCGCGGUGAUGGCAGCCGGCGGAGGGGCCUUGGUAGGGAUGGCCCUGGGCUACGGGCUCGGGAGGUUCCCCCGUCCUCCCUUCAGCUUCCACAACCCCCAGGAGGAGCAUUACUACAACCACUACAUGUACAGGAGAUACGGGGCCAAGUCCACCGACGCCAACGACUACAGCCGAGACUACAGGUACAGCCAACUCCCUCAGACCUACGACAGCUACAUGGACUCCUGCAUGAAGAGGGCCGACCUUCUGCCAGCGGGGAAUCCCAAGCCAGUCGACACCAACAACAACCCGGCCGCUACUACCACAAUUAAAAUUGCAACCAACUCAACGUCUUCUGUAACUAACACAACUAAUUUCGCUGUUCCAGAUGUGAGCAUCAGCAGCAACACAACGAAGAGCAACGGCACUGCAACAGGAAACUCUUCGACCGCCACAACUUCUUCACCGCUCCUUUUAAAUAAGUCCGAACCCGUCCCAGUGCCUCGAGAUUUUCAGGUUCUCACAAAAGCUGCUACCGAUGAUGACGACGAUGCCGUCAGCAUCGUGGAGAUCGGCUACCCGGCACUGAUCGAGCAGGUGAAGGCAAGGAGAUGUGUGGAGCUGUACAUGGUCUAUGCCGAAAAAUACUUGAAGAAAACGACAGAGCCCAUCCCCACGGGUGGGGUGCAGCAACUGGAGACAGGCUUGAGGGGUCUCCUAGCUGUGCUCACCAGCUCUGUGUUGAUGUUGCUGAAUUGCAACAUGAAGCUGCUGCACUGAGUCCUUCAUCAAGAGUUGCAGUGAUGGAGAAAUAUAGAAAUGAGGUUUACGACAAUGAAUGUGUCAAAGGUAUUAAAUGGCAGCGGGGAUAUAGGGGCAGUUGGAUGAUUCUUAAUAACCCCAGGCCAACUUUUUGAAUUUUGAGAAAGAAAUCUUGAUGAGGUUUGGGUAGAUUGCCAAGAUGAACUAUAAAAACUUACCAAUACGGUGGCACUAGAAAAAAUUCUUUCAAAACAAAUGACGUCUAAACUUGCACAUUUUAGCAUUAAAACACCCAAGAUGUUGAACAUGGCAGUGUCAUUUCUAGAGAGAUACUCAUGGGGUUGUAUGGAGAAAUACGUGCAUACACAUAUAUAUAAUUUUGUCAAUAGAAGUAAAAUUUGGAAUAAAACAAACAUCAUCUUAUAUUUUAUAAGCCUAUCACGUUGCUUAAAAUUACAUUUUGUUGUUUAAAACAUUGAAUUUCUUUUCAUAGAUUUAAAUGAAUAUGUUGAGUUGUGUGGCUUUUUAGCAGGCUGACAUUAGCAUCCUUUGGGUCGUCACAAAAGCCACCCAGAAACCACACACGAGAGCAUACGGUCUGUGUGGACUGUGGAGUCUGGUUUUAUUUGUUCCAACCAACUUUCCAGUGAUUAGUUUGAAUCCUGGAGCUGGAACGUGAAGUGAUAAACUGCGUAUAUAAACAGGAAAGUCCAAAGCAAAAUUAGAUCAUAAUAAUAUAGUUUGCGUUGGAGUAAUAAUCAUUUUGGUUUUUACACUGAGAAUAUUUGUAAUGGAUUAUACCUAUUUGAAACCUGUACUAAACUUAACUGAACAUGUUAUUAUGAUACAGUUAAUUAAAUACAAGAUACCCAAACAGAACCAACUGUUUCCUGAUAUUUAUGUCUGGAUUGGAUUUUUAAAAAAUAAAACAGUCCAUCUCCAUCCA